CGUGCGGAGCGGCUGCCUGUCAGAGGAGUGUCCGCCGGGCAUGCGUGUGCGACGCGCGCGCGCUGCUGCUGUUGCAUCGCAAGGCUCUUCUGUGGCUCGUGUGUGCGCGAUUUUGAGGUUAUUUCGGUGACUCGGUGUAACUGACCUACGCCCGGCCGCGAGGGAGAGCCUUUAUUUCCGCCCCGGCGCCCCCAGCGAUCGGUCGCGUCGCCCCGGGGAGCUUCUGCCGGCGGCUGCCACGCCGGCGAGUCGGAACGGCGGAUCCCGGAGCGUCCGCUGGACAACGACGCUCUAACCUCAAAAACUGGAGCACGCGGCUACGCUCGCGUCUCGCGUCUCGUCGCGUGAAACGGUGCGUCGCCCGGCUGUUCCCUUGGCGAGAGGACCCUUGGUUGACGCGGGACCGUCUCCGCGUCGCUCGCGCGUCAUGUCAAUGAACGUUUCGCGGGAUUGCGUCACUUCCUCGUGACGCCGAGUCUGUCGUUCGUAUCUCGCAGGGACGCCUUGAAAAUCCGUCGACUCCGACUCCGCUUUCGUCUUCUCCGCGAGAAAGAGAUUCAAUUCGGUAAGAUGCUGUGCAUAAAGAAACUGUAUCGGGAGGAGCUGCUGCAGCUCGCGCUGCUGCUCUCCCUGCUGCGCGUGGACCCGGAGUCCUACCUGGGCCUGGACAUCCAGACCAUCGGCGUGGGCUCGCUGGACCUCAACAACGGCUCCGGCUGGCACACGGACCACACCAUCGUCCACCGGCCGAUGUACGUCCACCCGAAGAACCCGGACUCCAUGCUCCUCAACUACCAGCGCGACCUCUUCGAGGAGCUCAACUCGCUGGGCAGAUACAACAGAAUGAACUCCGGCCUCAACGCCAUACACGCCUACCUGCUCAACGUCGAGGAGCCCGACGGGGACGCGACCGUGACGGCGGGCUCCAGCGCGCCGGUCUCCGCCAAUGCUACCAGGAACGUGACGUCUCCCGACCCACCGACUGGCACGCAGAGUCCUGCGGAGCCAGUCGGCGCAGCGGAGCUCACUCAAGAGGAUAUGGACCUGAUUGAGGUUCUUUGGAAGCAGGAUGUGGAUCUGGGAUUCACGCUGGUGGAACCGACCACGACGCCCACCAAAAAGCCGUCGACGUCUGAAAAAGAAUCUGCGGACGAAAUCGAGAAGCUGAAAGCUUUAGAAGCUAUUAAUGCCACUUAUCGAAAGGAUGAUGACAAGGAGUCCGAGCCGCAGGAGGAUGACCCAUGGGCAGGACUUCCUUACACCGUAGACCUUGAAACUGGCGAAUACAUCCUCAGCUCCGGCAGUCAGAACGGAAGUGCAAGUAGCAUCGUCGAAGAGGACGAUCCGCUUCUCAACGAAGCAUCGUUGGCUUUGGACAACCAUCCCUUGGCUGACUUAACCGAUGAGUCUCUGGGUUUAAACGACACUCUAGGACUCGAGCAUGACUUUACUUCAGACUUACUCGGAGGUAGUCUCUUGGAAAGCGCCGGUGUAGAAGGCCUGCUCUGCAACGAUACUCUGGGCUUUAAUCUCGAGGAGGCGCUUCAACUCGUUGGCCUCGAUGAGGCUCAACCAGAGGAAACGAAGCCGGAAGUGAAGAAGAAGAAGAAAGACGACACCGCCGACGACUCCGCAAGUGCAGAGGACGACGCGGCCAUUACCGCCUCGAGUAACGCCGAGGUCGCAAAGACAUCCAGGUGCGAGGAUCCAGAGACCGGCGACAUGAUUCACACACCGCAGUUUCAUCAUCCCCAUCACCCUCCACAUCACCACCGCUCCUUCCAGGGUCGCAUGCCGUUCAUGCGAGCGAUGAGCAUGGAACAGCGGUGGCAAGAUCUCGCGUCUCUUUUAUCCCUCCCGGGAGGACCGGAUCACUUCGCGCAUCCAGCGCAUCCUGGGUAUCCAGGACACGGCAUAAGUCACAGUCAUUACGAGGCGCAACGUAAUGUAUUGCUCCAUAAUCCUACCUUAGCGCCUCCGGUCGGGGAUCUUAAUUCAACAGGACCUUACCACAAUGUGGGUGGGUCGUCGAAUUUGGGUUCAGCUGUGGCAACAUCGAUGAAUUUGACAAACAGUAGUGAGCCAAUGGGUGCGGAGAGCGGCACGAGUUACAAGUCUGAACCUAACGAUAUGAUGUAUUAUCAUGCACCGACGACAGAUUCCAUCAACCAAACCACUGAUGGAUUUCUUUCGUCCCUACUCAAUGACGAGGACUUGCACUUAAUGGACAUGGCCAUGAACGACGGUAAGUACUACCACUGCUUAUAUCAUUGUUAUUACAUCACUGUACAUUCUUUUCCUAAUACUAGAAUCCUACUGUCUUACUAAUACACAAAAUUGAAAGAAUACGCACAUUAAAGAGAAAAAAUACGACAUCAAUUCUUUUUAAUUCUAACGAAAUCUCUUAGCAAUGUAUCUUAAAGAUUUUCAAUUAGAAGAAACAGCUGAAAAUUAAACAUUGAAAAAUCAUAUAUUUGUUUAAGUGAGAGAGUUCUUAAACAUCUUCUAUGCAUGUCGAAAGUGGGUUUAUUGGUUGGAUGCGGAAUAUAAUUUGCCGAGUGUAAUGAAAAUUAACAAAGUAGGCUGAAUCCAGAGUGGAAACAAAAUUAUAGCAUUUUUCUAAGUCAUCUUUUCUAGCGUAAUCAUUACCAUGUUCUUCCCCUCUAUCCUUUCCAAAUAUAAUAAAUUGUUCUAAUUGAUAAUGAUAAUAACGUAUUAAUCUCUACUAAUAGGUUAGAAUCUAUUAAAGCAAUUCAUUACUGGAAUUAAUUUUAAAAAAUAUUACGAACCGAACGUUUUCCUAUAAAAGUAUAAAACUUUAUUAUACGUU